GGAUCCCAGUGUGAUCUGGCAGGAGGCGGGAGGGGAGCGCAGCACAAGUCCUGGAAGAGGUUUGAGCCAAAAGCACUCCACUGCCCGACUUUCAUCGACAUUCCUCCGUCUGUCCUGCCCGCAGAGCUGAGCCAAACGAUCCACAGUGCGUAAUUACGCACGGGGACGGAAGAUCCGCGGUGUUGCUCGCCGUGGAAACCCGUGGACAAAGGCAGGCUGGAGUACAACAACUGACUUGAGAGGAGAGGAGAGGAGUACUGUUGUAGGGGAAAGGGGGGGAGGGAGGGGGGAGAUCUGGAGUCGGAAGUGAUUUGUCUGUUUUUUUCCAGAAAUGUAACUUGCGUCCUGGAUUUUGUGGAAGAAGCGAAUCAAUUUGGAAUAACGAGGGAAAAAAAGGACAAAAAGUGGAGCGGUGAGUGGCAUCAGACCCCAAACCAGCAUCCAGAUCCACGGAGCAUGGGAGGAGUUGCCUGCGAGCUGUAAAAUGUUCCCGCUACAUCGAGAGAGGGAGCAGCCCAUCUUCAGCGCCAGAGCUCAUGUCUUCCAGAUUGACCCGGCCACCAAACGCAACUGGCUGCCAGCCAGCAAACACGCCGUCACCGUGUCCUUCUUCUACGAUGCCAGCCGCAGCGUCUACCGCAUCAUCAGCGUGGGUGGCACAAAGGCCAUCAUCAACAGCACCAUCACCCCCAACAUGACCUUCACCAAAACCUCCCAGAAGUUUGGCCAGUGGGCAGACAGCCGGGCCAACACUGUCUAUGGCCUGGGCUUCUCCACAGAGCAGCAGCUGCAGCAGUUUGCAGAGCAGUUUAAGGAGGUGAAGGAGGCGGCCCGUCUAGCCAGAGAGAAAUCUCAGGAGAGGUUUGAACUGGCCAACCCUGCACUCAACAUUGCAGCUCCAGAGCUCUCCCAGGACUUGUCAGAGGAGCGCCAUUCUCCGCCGCUGCUCACAGUCAACGGGCCGGCCGAGGAAAAGCUGUUUCGCAGCAAGAGUGCCGAGGUGGAGCUAACGGUAGAGAAGGAGAGGGUCAAAAAGAUGUUGUCUGAAGGGUCCAUGUGUGAGAUAAACCUGGAGGCUGAGCUCUUCACCCUGCAGGACAGUAACGCCAAGCUGGUGGAAGCACUGCAGGAAGCCAACAGCAGCGUGGAGCAGUGGAAGAAACAGCUUGCUGAAUACCAGGAGGAGACAGAUCGCCUCAGAGACCAGGUUGCAGAACUGGAGGCCCAGCUGGGGCACCCUACUGCUGGUCAGACUGGUCGAGAGGAGCUGAAUCAGUCACUGGAGGAGCUGGAAGCCCAGCUGCAGGCCAAAGACCAGGAAAUUCACAAUCUACAGAGCAAGAAACCAGAUGUGGGUGAGCUAGAGAAGGAGAGAGAGGAGGCCAUGCAGAGACUCCAGGAUGUGGAGAGACGAAACACAGAGUUGGAGAAUCAGGUUCAGAGUGCUGAAAAGACGCUGGCCUCUAGCCGGGAGGAGCAGGAGCAGGCGGAGGUCGAGGUUCGACGCAUCAUCGAGGUUCUAGACGUCAAAAUCUGCGACCUGAACGACCUGAGACAGAGCCUGUCCAAACUCAUUGACAAAUAGCCACAGCAGCAGUUGGGCUGCAUCUCCACAGUCAGCACUGGUUCCACCCAUGUAGCCUUGAUUUGUGUUUUACUGGUGCAUCAGCAGAGCAAAAAUCAAAACAAUAUGGGGGAAAACGCACAGAUGUUUACCUUCAUGGAUCUGUUUUUUUUUAAGAUCAGUGGCGGUAAACAGCAGGUAUCAGAAAGCUUAAAGGUGUUAUGUGCAGAAUAAAACAUCAUUGUCAUUGUCACAUUAAAACUGCAACCUUGGUAUGAUUAUCAUAAACAGAUGACAGUAUGGUCUAAUCUGCUAAACUACUUGUUUUUCCAUACCAGCAGCUCCAUGUCAUUUUUCUUUUGUACCAGGUUUUACUAGUAUUUUUCCCAUCUGCCAUCACUGAAAACUCUGAAAGCUUUAGAUCCAUUUCCUCUGGAAGAACAGGCCCUCCUCCUCUUUUUGGUGCCCUAGCAAUCCAGUGUAUUGUGUUGUUUAGAGUGUACAAGUACAGCUCACAGUCUUUUCAGUGAUGGUCUCAAUUGUUUAUGGUAAUUAUACUGAUGUCUCAAAGGGACUGCGGUUACAUUUAUUGAUCACUAAUAAUACACAAAGUACCUUCAAAGGAGGAUUUGCACCAGAACUAAUUUUAAGCUUGCUAUUUUGCAAAAGUAGACAUUUCCAACGGGUAUCAAAGAUUUUCUACUUCUGUUUGAUGUAUCUUUAAUUUAAUACAGAGUGGGCAAUCUACUUGUAUUAGUGCAUUUUCUGACCAAAUUAAGAGGGAAGACUAGCAGUAAAACUAGGAAAAAAUCUGAAGAUAAUGGUCUGACUGUGUUUAAUAAAAGUCAGUGGUGCUCUGUUUUCAUGCUGAGCUGAAGGUCUCGAUCAUUCAACCGUGUCUGGCACAGACAGUGAAACUGAAGUGCAAGUGCUGUAACAGCAGGACUCACAUCAGGACUUAAAAUGGCUGAAAAGUAAAGUUUUAUGGACAGUUACACUUUUAUACCCAUACUAAACAUAAAUAUUUAUCAUAUAUUCUGGACAUUUCAUUUAUAGAAAAAAACAAAGCAACUCUUUGUUUUUGUCACUGCAGUUUGGCACAAGACUUUGACCACAUUACUCUAAUAGUCUGAGGCCCAUACAUAAUAUAUAAUAAUAGUCCUGUGUGAAUGAGGCUUUUAGAUUUGCAUUAUCUUAGAAGGUUAUUGGUAGAUCUCAGAAGUCACUGCAAGUAAGACAGCUGAGAAAAAUCAAGACAAGCUUUAAGAGUAAAAUGUCUGCUUUUACACAAUAACAAGCUUGAGGUCACACUGGUGUCAUCCUUCCUUCAACACUGUGGAGAUGCACAGAAUAGGAGUUUAGUCGAGGUACGGACACAUGGAGGCAAAGACCCUGAAUAAAGUCAGCUCCAGUUCACCAUCAGCAGCCUAAACUGGCCUCCCACCAGCCAGAACAUAAACAAACUCAGAGAUGCAACAACCUGCUCACACUCUGUCCUCUGAGGAUCGCUAGCGUACAAACGUUUUUUGUUCAUGUUUAAUGAGGACUGCUCUUUCUCACCAUUUAUUCUAUUAUUCAUGUUCAUCGAUGGGUUACUCACAGGAAGGGAUGGGAAAUCAACGAUAGCAACCAGCCAAAUUGCUCUUAAAUUCAAGAUGCGGUUGUCUGGCAGGUUUACCCUCUCCAUCAGGCCACGUUGACAGCUGGAUCAGCAUGUGAAGGAAAGGUCCUGAUGUGAAACUGUGGCCUGUGGACAGAGACGCUGCUUUCCCACGCUGAUGUUGUGCUGAGUUGAACCUGAGGUUGCACUUGAUAUUGUUUGUGCCAAGUUUGUUUUUGUUUACAUUUGUCAGCAUUCACAAAAUAAUCCAGUUCUACUUUAUGUACUUUUUUUCUGUGUUGCUCAACACUACCAUUUACCAUAAUAGUAAUAAUAGGCUCAGUGGCGCCGCAGAGCAUAGAUCACUAUGAGAGCACUGCAUGAGCUCUGCAGAAGCCCCAUACCUGCUAAGGAAUGUGAAGCUGUAUGUGUGUGUGUGUGUGUGCACAAUACUUAACAGCCUGCAAACGGAGACUGCUCGAGUUAAAAAGCACAACUGCAGUAGUUUUAGUAAGCGGGUACUUAAUUGACUUGUCUGUCAGCUUUGUAUGUGAACUUCUGAUGCACAAUAUCUAUCGAUCUUUGCUUCUCGCCCCCGAUGAGUUAUUGAUUUCUUCAUAUGACAGUAAUAUAGGUACAAAUAAGGUGCAUUCCUUUGCAGCUGAUGAUGCAGUAACUACAAGGAUCAUAAUAACAUGUCAAAAUGUGAUUUAAAUGGGUCAUAACGAAAUCUGUUGAUUUAAUAAAGUGCCAGAUAGUGUACUAACACCCCAUUAUUCCAGUGAUCUGCAAUUAUUUGUGUUAGACAUACAAAUACUUAUACAGUUCAACAAGCCAAAUGCAGUAAAAAUAGUUAUGUUACUGCAUUAUGUUGCUAUUGAUCACAUCCAGAGAUUUUAUUAUACCACAUUUACAUUAAAACUUUCACGUUUUGUCAUUUUGACAAGUGAUUACACUAUCUUGGAGUUCUGACAUCAGCUGCUUCAUGCAAACAUCACUCAAUUAGCAAUAAAGUUACUAGCAUAGAUGCUUGUUAAUACAAUUAAUCUGUAGGUAAUGAGACUUCAGUUCAGACUGCCCCGUUUUUAUUUCAUGGCUUCACCAGAUUAUUAAUGGACUAGCCUUUUAUCAAGCAUGAAGAAAAAAUGCAUCAGAGGCCAUCGCCUCCUCUGCACCAUCUCCUCACGGUUGACGUCCGAAACACUUUGCUUCACAACAACCUUAUUCCAGUGUAGGGGGGGCAGGGACUGUCGUCUGUAAGACCAAAUUUGCCCCCAGGUGUCAGUACACUGACCUCUCUAUUGAGGUUGUAACAGAGGACUAAACCAGCUGCAGCAUAAAUAGUAGAGGCAGGUUUAAGGACAUUGCUCACACUAUAUAAAAAAAACCCCACAAUUAACAGCAAUAAAUGGAAUAUGUCUGAACAUCUGUGGGUGGAUUCCUCCUUAAAUACACUGGAAUAAGGUCUUUGCAGACUACAAGAGAGAAUGCAGUACCAAAGACGCACCGCUGUCAUGCUGAAGCCACAUCAACUGGAAUAAACAACUAAGAUUCAUCUCCAUCAGAUUUUACCUAAGUUUGACUUUGCUCCGUGUCCAAAACAUUCGACCUUUCAGUACGACUCAAAAUACCUCAGAAUAGUUUCAUUGAAGUGUUGGUAAAUACGAGGAAAAACGGUCGACUGGUGUUUGUCAAUUGAAGGCCAUGAUUUUGUUGUUUCGUAAGAACUGAUGAAUUGAGGAGAGCAGGUGUUUGUAUGGAAUUUGACAAUGUGAGAUGAGUUCCUUAUAUUUGUAUAGAACUGUUUAACAUUAAAACUCAGUCAUGCAGUCA